CUCUCUUCUGAGGAAACGAAACUGAUCUGAGUAACUGUGUCGUCUGUCUGUGUGAGAGUGAACAACCGUCCAAAUGGCUCAGCAGGGAGUUCUGCUGGACCAGGACCAGUUCUGUUGUUCUGUCUGUCUGGAUCUACUGAAGGAGCCGGUCACUACUGCCUGUGGACACAGUUACUGUAGGCGCUGUAUUGAGGGCUGCUGGGAUCAGGAUGUUCUGAAAGGGGUCUAUAGCUGUCCUCAGUGCAGACAGACCUUCACUCCAAGGCCUACUCUGAGGAAAAAUAACAUGUUGGCUGAAGUGGUGGAGAAACUGAAGAAGACAGGACUCCAGGCUGCUCCCCCUCCUGCUCUGUGCUAUGCUGGACCUGGAGAUGUGGCAUGUGAUUUCUGCACUGGGACCAGAAAGCGGAAAGCCCUCAUGUCCUGUCUGGUGUGUCUGGCCUCUUACUGUGAGACUCACCUCCAACCUCACUAUGAAUUUCCUGCUUUCAAGAAGCACAAGCUGGUCAAAGCCACCGCACAACUACAGGAGAAGAUCUGCUCUCAUCAUGACAAACUGCUGGAGGUUUUCUGUCGUACCGAUCAACAGUCUAUCUGUCUGCUGUGUACAAUGGAUGAACAUAAAGGCCAUGAUACAGUGUCAGCUGCAGCAGAGAGGACUGAG